CUUCUAUAAUAUAUCGGCACAAGGCUGUAGAACAAACCUACCUCAGCUGAGAACAGUCUGAAGAGGGAGGAUGGCGGAGCUGCAACGAUCUGUGACGACGUUCAGGAGGUCAGGGUCAUCAGGGCUGGUGUGGGAUGAGAGGCUGUUCUCCGGGGACCUGACUCAGAUGAAGAAGAAGGAGAAGGAGGAGGGGGAGGAAGAGGAGGGAGGAGCCGCAGAGUUCAGGGAGCUAAGGCACUCGAAGAGCGUGGGAUCGAUCGGAAUGCUGGGACGCAGCCACAGCACCGGCGGCGGCAGGGGCUUCCGCGCAGGUGCCGUCUUGCCGGCCGUCGACCCGCCAUCUCCUGAGGUCCCUCGUUGCGUCUGCUGUGGGUUCCUCAGCAAGCACGGGUCGGCAAAGCCAUCGAAGCCGAGAAGGCGGUGAGCCUGACGGCCGCAUGACCGCUCUUCUUGCUGCAUCCUCUUCUUUUCCUCUCUCUCUCUCUCUCUCUCUCUCUCUCUCUAUAUCUAUCUAUCUAUCUAUCUAUCUAUAUCUCUACCUCGGCGUAUGAUUGUUGGAAUUUUGAGGGCAAUGAAUCCAGUGUAGAUGCCAACAGUUGCAGUUUGUGUCAUCCAAGUAUUGACAGUGAUGGAGUUGAGAAAAUUGGAUUCAGACUGUUCUUCCAUUCAGUUGUUGCAGCACUGUCAAGCCACAGGAAGCACUCUCAAUCUGUAUGCAAUCUCUCUAUCUCUCUCUCACUCACUUUGUUCUAUGCAUGAUUAGCUGCACAUGCUGUCUGCUUGGAUCGAAGCUCUUCAGUCAUCUAAUCAAACGAGUAAAAACAUGUUCACUA